CCCAUUCUCCAUCUUUUUUUCUCCUACCUGGCUACUUGCUCCCUCUUCUUCCCGGUUUUCUUUGUUGUUCUAGUGUCGUGACCUUGCCUUCGACGACCAUCUCUCUUCUGUUUUUUUUUUUUUGUUUUUUUUUUUCCCAAAACCUCUCAUUCUAAAUUAUCGUGAUAAAAAGUCCUCCAUUUCAUUCAUUCUUAGUACGUCCGUUGUUAGUGACCAACAGGUUGCCCUACCCACUUCGACGACCCCCCCCGGACCUUCGAAUCCCCCGCGUUUUCCAAUGAAAGUGAUCCCUCCGCCUUUUUGAGCGACGGGCCGAUUAAGCACGCUUGCGCAGUUGCUUCACUCCAGAUUCUCUCCGCAAAUACUGCCGUGUUCAGCAUACGCUCUCCACACACGCCUGGGUAAAUAUUGGUCAGGCUGGAUUUGGAAGUAAUUAAGAAGACGGCGUGUGACAUAUCAGAGUGGCGCAUUCGACUGCGUCCAGUUUAUCGGAAUUCGAAUUUACCAGUCUCGGCAAGCUUAGAGAUACGAAAGACAAGAUGUCGCAGGCUGUAAAACGGGCUUGCGAUGCUUGCCAUCGACGAAAAGUAAAGUGCGACGGCAUCAACCCAUGCCGCAACUGUGCUUCGGCGCAGUUGACCUGCACAUACAAUGCGAUCCCCCAGAAGAAAGGUCCCAAGGGUUCGAGGGCGAAGGUUAUUAGCGAACUCCGCGAGACGCAGCGACAGACUAGUCUCUCUGCAAAAGUCCAGAGCCGACUGAAUGGAAUCAACAAUCCGCCAUGUAGUCCUACGUUAUCUCCAACCCCUGGCCUCCUGGUUAGCGAAAUGGCGAAAGAAUGCAUCGAGUUUUUCUUCGCCAACAUGUACCCAAUUAUGCCAAUUUUGCACCGGCAGCGACUCGAGCAGCAGACGAUGUAUUUGGACCAACAAACUCAUGACGCUUAUUGCCUGGUUACCGCUUUGUGUGCUUGGAUGAUGUUUCAACCUGGAAUGAACGUGCCCGGCGCCGAUCCCUUAUUGGAGCAUUUACCUGGAGCCAACAUCGCAUCUGGAAUGGUUUUAAUCGAAGAAACGAUUCGGGUUCGAAAAGGCUACGAAUAUCAAGAAUCACCGAGUUUAUACAGUCUUUGCACCAGCUAUUUCCUUUUCUGCUCCCAUUACGCUCUCGACAUGCACGACAAGGCCUGGUACUAUCUCCGAGAAGCUACGACUUUGGCUCAUAUUGUUGGAAUGAACAAGGAGGAGACUUAUUUGCAGUAUGACAAUAUCGAGGCCUCGCGACGACGACGUCUCUAUUGGCUUCUGUUUGUGACAGAAAGGGCAUAUGCUCUGCAGCGUGGUCGACCCCUGACGCUUCAGGCGACUAUCAAUCUUCCCACUAUGACUGAUGAUCCAACGGAUCCCCUGGCGCAUCAGUUGAAUGGAUACCUAUUACUGGUCAACCUCUUUAGGCCGUUCGAUGAUAUGCUGGUUACCGUCUGGAACAAGACUCGUAGCGAGUCAACACCAUCAUACCUUAGCGCUUUACAGAAGCAGUUCUCGGACAUGAUUCCGCCUUAUAUGAAUGUCCAGGAUUCCGAUUUACGGGCAAACCAGCAAUGGCUCAAGACGAUUACGUGGCAUUUGAACAUGCAGAACGGCUGCGUCCCCCAAGGUAGCCAGGAUCAGAUGCAAUUGCAAUACCCUAUCGACAUGUCACGAGACUUGAUGUCAAUGACAUCUCAAUUCCAAACUCAGAGCACCGAAUUACUAGGAACCCCUCUCGUUGCGAAAUUACUGGAAAUUUCAUCCGCUUUGAUCGAUGUUCUAUCAAUCCUGCCUUCAUCUGGAGAUCCUUUCAGCAUGGGUCCUCGUGAACAGCUGAACUCGCUUUUGCAGCUUUUAUCGGUUCUUCGAAACGGAGAUCACCAUUUCCUUCCCCUUUUGUUGAACAAAGUCCACGACGUCCUGCCUCGCUUGGCCAACCCCAUUCUUCAGCGCGCCCCGGAAAAUGCUUGCAUGCAAAAUAUCGACAUAUUCGAUGGAUUCGGCAAUGCCGGCAUGGCCCAGCCUCCGAUGAUGACUGAAUUCAAGACCGAGCCGUAUACCCCGGGUAGCAUGCAGCACAUCCAGGAUAUUGGAACAGACUCGGCUCACUCUAGCAAUGGUGAUGAUAUGAAGUCGCCUUUCCCUAUUGUCAGUUCACCGCCCGUUAUGUCUCCAGGCGUGGAUUACAACAGCAACGAGUUCAAUUCAAUCCCCGAGAUCAUGAGCCCGAUAGGACCACCUUCGCAACAGUCAUUCCAUCAACAAACGCCGAUGAAUCCGCAACAACCUCAUCUCCAGCAUCAGCACCAGCAUCAUGGAUUAUCACACGGCAUGACCCAGAAUCACAGCAUGGGCACGAUGCAAACAGAUUUACAUGCAAACCUAAACCACGGCUUAAAUCCGCAAGCGAAUAUGUCAGGGAUGAGCCAACAACAGAGCUUACCUCAAAAUCCGCCAUUUAGUAUGAUGAAUAACAUGCUACACCGGCAACCCCAAAGAGCGAACAGUUUCAUGAUACAUCCCCAGCAUCAGCACCAACCGUCGCAAAUACCAAGAACGGUGGGCGACUUCCACGCGCUACAGCGAGCGAAUUCAGAAAGCGUCUCAAUGAACUCCAUGGGUCUUGGACACAUCAAUCCAGAGGUAGACUUUAGCGGAUUAAGGUAGCAGUGUCAGAACGUUUCCUCCGCGUAAACACCAACCUAUCUACCUACCCCCUUUUGGACUCGAAUUGAGUCCGAACUCUCAAGUCUUUAUUAUCUCGUCAUUGCUACUUUUUGUCCACACGCGGACCUCGGGUUUCUUCUGUAUAUUACUGGAAGAAUACCCCCCUCAACAUAUUCUCAAACCCCGCGUGGUUCGCGAGUCAUGCCGUUGCUUAC